GUCAGAAAAGAUGACAUGGUUCCCGACAUGUUGGUUCUCCCAGCAGGGAUUGAUUUGCAUGACCAUCCUUUGGUUGUCAAUGGUAGCGUAUUUUUGCAGGGUAAAGCAAGUUCGAUGGUAGCUCUUGCAUUGUCUCCUGAGCCAGGAUGGAAGGUUCUUGAUGCUUGUGCGGCUCCAGGAAACAAAACCGUCCACCUUGCUGCGCUCAUGAAGGGAAAGGGAAAUGUUAUAGCAUGUGAAUUACAUGAGCACAGGGUUAAAACUUUGGACAAUACUAUUAGACGCUCUGGAGCACCUAAUGUGGACAUAAUUCGGGGUGACUUUUUGGAUAUCAAUCCAGGAGAUCCCUUAUUUGCAAAGGUCCAUGCGAUACUUUUGGAUCCUUCAUGCUCUGGAUCUGGAAUCUCUGUUGAGAGAUUAGAUCACCUGCUCCCAUCACAUUCUGCAGGGAAUGGCAUCGACAUUGCUAACAGUAGAAGAAUCAAUAAACUUGCUGCUUUUCAGAGAAAAGCUCUUGAGCACGCAUUGUCAUUCCCGUUAGUUGAGAGAGUAGUUUACAGUACGUGCUCUAUCCACCAAGAAGAGAAUGAGGAUGUUGUCAAGUCUGUUCUUCCUUUAGCAGCAUCCCUUGGUUUUGAGUUGGCAUCUCCUUUUCCACAGUGGCAUCACCGCGGCCUCCCACUUUUUGAAGGAUCUGAACAUCUACUAAGGACAGAUCCUGCUGAUAACUUGGAGGGCUUCUUUAUCGCAUUAUUUGUGAGGAAGCAUCUACCUGAUGGGAAUUUUCAUCCGGAACAAUGCAAGCAGCGGUGUCCUUCUUCGGAAAAUAAGCAUCAUAGGAAAAGGAAAAGGAAAAGACUCAUGCCAUUAACUGUCUUACGAAUGUCGCGGAGGUUGCUCUUCCAUUCUGCUUUAUUAACACCAAGUAGGAUUUAAAAACUAAGGGAAGAUCACGUUUCCGGGUCAAACACCGAGAUGGAUACCUCCAGGUACUAUAGUUCUCCGUGGCGUUGAGUGCUCCACUGCAAAACUGUGCAAAGGCUACUGUGUUGCAUUCGAUUUUUAUUACGGUUCAGUAGGAAUCUGACCGUCAUCGGUUGCUCCUCCUGGCAUAUGUUAGUACGAGCUAACAUGCUCUGCCGAAGUGAAAUAUAUUAAAAUAAAAAAUUAUUUCUCA